AAUCCAAGCAAUUGCCUCUCCUCACCCCAUAAACCAUCAUCACCAUGGAUGGUAAGGGAGCCCAUUUAGCCUUUAAGUCACGCUGGCGCAAGACGGAUGAGGAACUCUGUUGACAUAGCAUGUCUUUUAUCUUGCACAAGGCCAUACAAACUGAUUUCUUUCAGAGUUACCUCUACCUGCAGGAGCGGCUUCCCCUUGUGAAACUUUAUGUUUUAACGAGUGAAGUGAUCAAUGGCGAGAUGCAGUUCUAUGCCAGAGCCAAACAUUUCUAUCGGAAAGUGCCAGCGACAGAAGAGGGCAUGAUGGGAGAUUACAUUGAGCUGUCCAAUAUGGACAUUGAAUCCUCCAGGGAAUUUCUUAGGAAGUUUAUUGGGGGUCCUGGGAAAGCUGGCACUGAGCGUGCCCUCGACUGUGGUUCUGGGAUUGGACGGGUCACUAGGCAUGUCCUCUUGCCAGUUUUCAAGAGUGUGGAACUGGUGGAUAUGCUGGAGAAUUUUCUGGCUGAGGCCCAGAACUAUUUACAGGGCAAGAAGGACAGAGUAAAGAUGUACUAUUGCUACAGUCUCCAGGAAUUCACUCCAGCCCCCCAAAAAUAUGAUGUCAUCUGGAUACAGUGGGUUUCAGGUUAGCUCACCAUGAAUUUAUAUAUAUAAUGAACCAUACAUAUAUUGCAUUAAAAUAUAUGUUCAAAGAAUGUUGAGGUUGCAGA